AUGCCGACCUCAAUGUUGGCCAUGGACGACAGCCUCGCUUUUGUCUCCCAGCUCGGUCCUGACUCUUUCGACUCGAACAGCCUCUUGGAGCUACACACGGCGUGGAUGGACAAUGAAGAGCUCAACCAGUUGCCUCUUUAUGUGGAUGUCGAGGCUGAUGAUUCGAUAUCUGGAGCUCCAUACCUCAGCAUCAACAGCUCGAGAGCUGCCGAAAACGCUGCGGAUCAAUCAAAGCUACUUCAUUCUGAAUUAAAUAUGGAUCUGGACGAUCACGACGCUCAGUUACUGGACGCAGCUCUAGAGAUCCCCUUUGAUACGGAACUUUCUCCUAUUUUAGAGCCUUUUGCAGAUGCGUCAGCUCCUGCAAGCCCCCUAAAGAUACCUCGCAGACGCCAUAAAAACAGUGCUGCUAAGCGUAAGGUGACCGACUCUUCUUCAAAGAGAACAGCACAGGUGGGUAGUGCACCACAGAUCAGCGUGCUCGAGAAGAGCAAGACAGGAGACGAGACAGCACUAGCAGCUGUGACGACACCUCGUCCCAGGACGAGGAGCUCGUCGUGGCAGCAGCAAGAACAGGAUACUUUUUUUACCUUGUUUAAGGUCAAGUGGCCGCUUACGCCCAAGAGCGAGCCACAGCCGUCGUUCAGUUCAUUGCUACUGCAGCGCUUUGAUACCAUAAGUACCAAGAUUCGCACCAAGAGUGUGAUCGAGGUGCGACAAUUUUACGCAACGGUGAUGCAGAAUGUUGCUGCGAUGCUGCAAGUUGUGGACAACGAUGUUGACUUGACAAACCCGGAUCAAGUGCGUAUUGCUCUGUGGUGCUGGAGCAAGCUUAUGGCUGAGAAGAAACAUCGCGAUGAAUUUCUAGGUUUCGAUGCUGCACCAGUAAAAGGAAAGAUCAGCUUGGCUAACAUGCUGCUUCAGUCUAUCAUUCGUAGUCGUCGCCAAAUGCUUAAGGCCAAGUCGGAGAAGUCAGUACUGAACAGCGAAGCAUCAACAUUAAGUCGGCCUUCCAUCUCGGCGUGGGUGUCUAGGUCGAACCUCAGCUCAUUUUUUGCUGGAGCAGAAGAUACGAUUUCAAAGCCUUCCACGGUGCAGAUUCAUUAUCCCAUGGUGCGAAAGAAACAGUCGGCUUUGCAAAGUCAGGCGGCUUUUUUGCCAUUUGCUAGCUCAACCUUGAUCUCUAAGAAUAGUCAAGGGGUGCGGUCUUUGCCAGCUACGCAACAGGGAGUCACUAGAUCAGCAAGUGGAUCGAAGUUGAAGCGCAAGCGCAGCAUGCCCACAAAUUGUUUACCUGCCACUGCGAAGCGCCGGUACGGAGUCAUGGCGGCUGCUUUUAUGAGCAAGUCUCCUACGCAUGCGCGGUCCAAGUCGCUCACGCAGCGUGUAGUAGUCUUUCCACCCGGACAAAUGUCGCGGAAAAAGACUUAUAUGAAGAUGCGAAUGGUUCCCCAAGAUAAGCAGACGAAAGCCAAUGUGGUGCGUGGUGGAUACAAGCCCAAGGUGGAGCUCAAAUUGUCGUCAACGAAGAAGAUUUCAGAAAUCGCGGCUCAUAUGAGCAAGAAGUGGGCUAAAGUGCGCAUGUUGUUGCCGAAAGAAGCCGUCCUGUGCUUCUUUGAGAAGAAAGGCAAGGGCAAAUGGUCCAAAGAAGACUCCGACGUGACUUGUUUCGAUAUCUGGAAGCGUUCUGGCAAGCGGACAAAUGAUGAGAAUGUGGUCGACGUGUCUUACGUGUGGAUGGUGCCUGAGACUGAUGUUGCUGAAGACAGAGAUGCUCACGUCCAAGAAUUGAUGCCUCUGGCGGCACCGCCCAAGCUUGUUAAGCUAGCCGUAUGUGCUGGAAGCAACCAAACAGUGAGCAGCAGCGAUGAAAGUGAUACUGGGCACUUUUGCUCGACAUGGGCCUUACCAGAGUUCGGUAACGAAGUUCAACGAAUUGCUGCAGAAGGCGAGGAAAAAGCAUUUAUUACGAAAGCAUUGACUAGUGAUAGCUGUGACGAGGGUGGGAGCGAGAAGUUCAUUCGGACAACGGGCCGUUGGCGGCGGCGUAUUCAGCCAGUGCUCGUAUCAAAAGAAGAGUUCAAUAUCUAA